AAAUAAAUAUGUGUUCAAGCAAGAUAUGCGUAUAAAAAUUGUGCAAUUUGUUGUUAGCUGCCACAUUGAGAAAGACUGCUUGUUCAGAUCUUCUGUGUUCUAAUCAUAAUUAUCAUCCCAGUUAUCUGCUUCAUUGAAAAUGGCCAAGGAAAUGAUGAAGUCGGUUGCACUGUCUAUUCUGGUUCUGAACUUGUGCAUGUAUAUAAUCGUAUGUGCAACAGCAGGGUGGGCUCUUAACAAGGCAAUCGACCAUGAAAUCAUCACAGGGCUGGGAAUUCCACUGCCCAAUCCAUACUGGGCGGUCUACUUUCCAAUGGGAAAUGCUGCCACUGGAUUCUUCAUAAUCUUUGCAUUGAUAGCAGGAGUGGUGGGAGGUGCUUCGUGCCUUUCCGGGCUUCAUUACUUGCGCUCACGGACAGAAAAUGGCUUGGCCUCUGCUGCCUCUGCUGCUCUCACAGCGUGGGGUCUCACUCUGUUGGCCAUGGGAUUGGCUUGGAAGGAAGUCGAUUUGCACGGUAGAAACUCGCGUCUGAAAACGGUGGAGUCGUUUGUAAUAAUUCUGUCUGUCACGCAACUCUUGUAUGUAGCGGCACUCAUUCAAUCUCACCGCUGAGUAGAAGAACGUACGAGGAUAUCAGAUUGGAAUGUGUUUACUUCAAUGGUUGCCCUUUCUUGCAAAAAUGUCAGCUAUGUUUUACAUUCCUGAAAACCAAAAGUCAGACCUGUUUGAUGUUUCCUUUAGCAAUUCUUAUGAUUGUAAGAAUUGCUGUUGCUUUAUUCCUUUUAUUUGUCUCAGCUUGGAAUUUUCUUGCUUCUCAGGAAAUUUCUAGCUUCUAUUGAUGGAAGAUUCUAUGUGGAUACCCUUAUUUUCUAUAAAUCUAAUAAAGGACCUAUUAUGCUUUUAUUUUA